UCCUGUUCCAUGGUUCAUGUGGAUGGAGGGAGAUUUCCAUGUGCAUUAUAUAACACAUAACCGGUCAGGUAGCGCCCCCGCCUGGUGUCUCUGGAUAUAAUCUCGGCAUAUGUGGGGCUAUGAGCUAUGAUAUAAUUUCAUCGGCCAUGAUGGAGUCUGCGAAGCGUGUUCUGGUGCAUCUGACCAAAGAGGCUUCGCUGCUUCAAUGUGCGAGGUUUGUGCAGGGCGUCACCGGGCACUUUGCCCCCGAGGAUCAGGACCAGGUGAUGGUGAACUGCGGCCUGGAUCACAAUCGGUUCAUCAUCUCGGAUCGGCCGUUCAGCGGCUCCAGACAGGCGCAGUUACAGAGGCCGGCCUUCUGUCCGAUAAAAAACCUAACCACGGACCAAGUGGCAUCUCUGCCGGAGGAGAUAAGGGGCCGCGGCGUGGAUGUGGGGGUUGCCAUCUUGUUGCAGUCCGUCAAUAAAAGGAUUCUUCUGACCAGACGUUCCAAGGAGCUGCACAUCUUCCCCAACGUCUGGGUGCCGCCAGGAGGUCACAUGGAGGACAGAGAACAGCUCAUUAAUGCCGGCCUGCGAGAACUUCAGGAGGAGACGGGGUUAAAUCUGCAAGGCGCCAACCUCCCCUGGAGCAUUCUGGGAUUGUGGGAGUCCGUGUUCCCACCGUUACUGAGCCGUGGCCUGCCCACACGCCAUCAUAUUGUCACUUACCUGCUGGUGUCAUCCAAUGAAACCCACCAAGAGCUGCAGGAGAAACUCCAGCCAGAUGAGCGGGAGGUGAGCGCCUGCGCGUGGCUGGAUCGGGAGAUCGCAGAGCAGAUUGUGACCGCCGCAGAAGGAGAAAAGGAUUCUGGGAAGAGAAGUACUGGUCUGCAGCCUCCAAUAACCAUCACAGAAGUCAGCGGUCGAUCACUGAUACAGAAAGACCUUGCUCUGUCUACGCUUCUUAAUACGGCCCCUAUAGAGGGUGAGGAUACGGAACGCGUGAGCACCGGUACAAAGUACGCGCUGGAGCUGUGGCUGCAAACUCUACGCUGAGAGGAAGUUCCCUAGAGGUCCUUUACUCUAUUGUACUUUUAAUACUAUCAGUAUAGAGGCCUUGGAAGACACGACAGGACACAGCGCCCCCAGAGGCUGCGGCAGACAUGACAGGACAAGCACUGAAUAAAUAAAAGGGGUUUAUUCCCGUUUAAAAAGA